AUGACCAGUGAGGAACCUCUUGCCAAAAAGUUUCAACUGAGCAACACAGACUUCAAAGUUAUGGCACGAGAUGAGUUAAUUCUACGAUGCAAACAAUAUGAAGCAUUUAUGCAAGCUUUGGAGGGCAAGUAUACAGAUCUCAACUAUAGUGAUGUAACUGGCUUAAGAGAGUCAGGAAAAUUAAAGCAAUAACAGCAAGAGUCUGUACGGAGAGGAAACAUUUUUGUAAUGCAACUAGCAACCAAGGAGCAAGAGAUGCAAAAGUGUACUACUCAAAUCCAGUACCUCAAGCAAGUCCAGCAACCUAGUGUUGCCCAAUUGAGAUCAACAAUGGUAGACCCAGCAAUCAAUUUGUUUUUCCUAAAAAUGAAAGGUGAACUGGAACAGACUAUAGAUGAACUGGAACAAGCCCAAAGUGAACUGAGUGCCUGGAAGUUUACACCUGAUAGAGGCAUGAUGGCAUUGGACUAUUCUGAAGAAGUGGCCACCUCUAAAAAAUUCCCCUUCUAG